AUGGACUUGUCUAAAUUCGCUAGGAAUGAACUGCGUAGCGCUGACACUUUGGACGGUUUGUGGACGUUCGUUAGAGAGGAGAGUAAUUCAGACGAUGUCGGGCUGAACUCUUCGUGGUACGCAAUGGACUUGUCUAAAUUCGCUAAUGCAACGAUGAUGCCAGUGCCAGCCGCCUAUAACGAUCUCUCAGCGAGUGCCGAUCUUCGCGAUCACAUUGGUUGGGUAUGGUAUCAAACAGUGGUGAUCGUCCCUGAACGAGAUAUGGGCCAACGUAUAGCACUUCGCUUUGGCAGCGUUAAUUAUUACGCCAAAGUGUUCUUCAACUCGAUUGAGGUUGGAUCUCAUGUGGGUGGUCAUCUACCAUUUGAGUUUGAUGUCACACGGCUGGUCAAGUUUGGAGCUAUGAACAAGAUCACCGUUGCUGUAAACAACACUCUGUCAUGGUCGACCAUUCCGCAAGGAGAUUUCAAUUAUAUGAAGGAUUCCACUCGAAAUAUUAGCGGCAGAUACAACUUCGCACCAAGCCAACAUUUGAUUGAACGAUCAUGGAUCAUCGCCGAACAUCUAGGUUCGUUCUCUUAUGAAGUAACACUGAGUCAAAAUCGUUCCGAUGAAGAUGUGAUAGUGCGAAUGCUGGAUCCAGAUGGAGUCAUAGUGUACUCAGCACGUGGUCUUGCACAGAAAGGUCUUCUGACAACGGUGAAACCAUGGUGGCCUCGAGGAAUGGGAAAGCCAAAUCUUUACACAUUAGAGGUGAGUUCAUCUUUCCAUAAGUUCCGUCAGCACUGA